UCCAUCCGCAGCGAAGACCAAGGAGGGGGAGGGGUCGCACCGCUGCGGCCCGCUGGCCCAUUCCGCAACAGGCCGGAUAUAUACCGGAGGCGAUAAGGGGUCAACAUGUCGAGGAUCAAGUGUUUGUUUGCUCAUCCUUGCCGCCGGAUUGCCAUCGGUCCCCGACAGCCCUAUCCAACAGCAGCAGCAGCGCAGCCCUUCACACACUCAUCGAGGUUCGACAUGCCGCUCACGACGCCGUCCGUGUAUCCGCCGCCGUCGGCCGAGUUCAUGAAAUGGCCUAGCCGCCGGAGCGUGGUACACAGCACGAAGGGCAUCGUGGCCUGCACCCAGCCCCUGGCCGCCAAGUGCGGCAUCGACAUUCUUAACGCCGGAGGCAACGCUGCUGAUGCAGCCGUGGCAGUGGCCGCCGGCCUCAACAUGACGGAGCCCUGCUCGACGGGGAUCGGCGGCGACAUGUUCUGCUUGUACUACGACGCCAAGACGGGCACCGUGUCGGCCCUGAACGGCUCCGGGCGCUCUGGCGCCAAGUGCACGCUCGAGAGGAUCCGCAAGGACCUCGGUCUGGCCGACGGCGAGUCCGGCACGAUCCCGAUGAGCAGCGUUCACGCCGUCACCGUGCCGGGCGCCGCCGCCGGCUGGGUCGACACGGUCGAGCGCUUCGGCAGCGGCAAGCUGAGCCUGGCACAGAUCCUGGCGCCGGCCAUCGAGCUCGGCGAAAAGGGGUUCCCGGUGUCGGAGGACGCCGCCUUCUUCUGGCAGCGGUCCGAGCAGAUCCUCCGCAAGGCCUCUCCCAACUUUGCCGAGAUGCUCAAGCAGGACCCGUCGGCGCCCGACGGCGUGCGCGCACCCCGGGCGGGGGACAUCAUGAAGCUCCCCAACCUGGCGCGCACGUUCCGCACGCUCGCGGCCGAGGGCAAGAAGGGCUUCUACACCGGGCGCAUCGCCGAGGAGAUCAUCCGGGUCGUGCGCGACCGCGGCGGCCACCUCGAGCUCGAGGACCUGCAGCACCACCUCGAGCAGGGCAGCGAGCCGGUGGACCCCAUCUCGCUCAAGUUCCGCGGCCAGGGCACCGGCGCGUCCACGGGCGGCAUCGAGCUGUGGGAGCACCCGCCCAACGGCCAGGGCAUCAUCGCGCUGAUGGCCCUCGGCAUCCUGCAGGAGCUCGAAGCCCAGGGCAAGAUCCCGACCUUCACGCCGGCCGACCACAACACGGCCCCCUACCUCCACGCCAUCAUCGAAUCCCUGCGCAUCGCCUUCGCCGACGCGAACUGGUUCGUGACGGACCCCUCCCCCAGCACGACCACCACGCACCCGCCCGUCCCCACGGCGGCGCUCAUCUCGCAGCCCUACCUCGCCGCGCGCGCGGCCGCGCUGUUCGACCCGCACCGGGCCAGCCCGCUGCCGGCGCACGGGUCGCCGGCGCUGCGCGCGAGCGACACGGUGUACCUGUGCGUGGCGGACGGCGCGGGCAACGCCAUCUCCUUCAUCAACUCCAACUACGGCGGCUUCGGCACGGCGAUGGUGCCGCGCGGGUGCGGCUUCACGCUGCAGAACCGGGGCGCGGGCUUCGCGCUGGACGCGGCGCACCCCAACGCGCUCGCGCCGCGCAAGCGGCCCUACCACACCAUCAUCCCCGCGCUGGCGACCAACCUGCGGGACGGCAGCCUGCACAGCGUCUUCGGCGUCAUGGGCGGCUACAUGCAGCCGCAGGGCCACGUGCAGGUGCUGCUGGGCCAGCUGGUGGGCGGGCUGAGCCCGCAGCAGGCGCUGGACGCGCCGCGGGUGUGCAUCGGCGCCGGCAUGGCCGACGUCGGCGCCGUCGGGGACCUGACGGUGUACGUGGAGGAGGGCAUGCCCGAGGAGACGGUACGCGGCCUGCGGGAGCUGGGACACCGCGUCGAGGUGCUGAGCGGCUGGGGGCCCAAGGGCAGGCAGAUGUUUGGGCGCGGGCAGGUGAUCCGCUGGACGGUGGACGAGGUCGAUGGGACGGGGGUGUGGUCCGCGGGCAGUGAUAUGCGUGGCGACGGGGCGGCGUAUCCGGCGUGAGGCAGGCUGUUCAGGGAAAGGAAGAAAGGGGAGUGGUGUUAGUUUGGCAAUGUACAAUUCUA